AUGGAGGAGAACAUGGAUGAAUCGCAAAGCCAGAAAGGUUGUAAGGAGUGCUGCGAGCGAUGCGUGGGCAGCCUGCCCUGGGCCUCGCUCAUCGCCACCAUCCUCCUGUACAUGGGCGUGGCUCUGUUCUGCGGGUGUGGCCACGAGGCUCUGAGCGGCACCGUCACCAUCCUCCAGAAUUACUUUGAAGUCAUCAGAGCCCCCGGAGACACGCUGGAUGUUUUCAUCAUUAUUGACAUCCUGAAGUACAUCAUCUAUGGCCUUGCAGGUGGAUUCUUUGUAUUUGGAGUGCUGUUGCUGGUGGAGGGCUUUUUCACCACCGGAGCUAUCAGGGAUCUCUAUGGAGAGUUCAAAAUCUCUGCCUGCGGACGCUGCCUGACUGCAUUCCUGAUGUUCCUGGCCUACCUGUUCUUCCUGGUGUGGCUCGGAGUGACAGCAUUCACCAGCCUGCCCGUCUUCAUGUACUUCAACGUCUGGACGAUGUGUCAGAACACCAGCUUGGUCGAGGGAGCCAACCUCUGCCUGGACCUGCGCCAGUUCGGAGCGGUGACCAUCGCUGACGAGAGGAAGGUGUGCACAGGAUCUGAGAAGUUCGUCAAGAUGUGUGAAUCCAAUGAGCUGGACUUGACCUUCCAUCUGUUUGUGUGCGCGCUGGCAGGAGCUGGAGCUGCUGUCAUUGCCAUGGUCCACUUCCUGAUGGCUCUAGCUGCUAACUGGGGCUACCUGAAGGACGCCAGCCGGAUCCAGAAGUACGAAGACAUCAAGUCGAAGGAGGAGCAGGAGCUGCAUGACAUCCACUCCACACGCUCCAAAGAACGCCUCAAUGCCUACACAUAA